AGUAAAUCCACUUUGAAAUUACUCUGACUUUCGAAAUUCAUGCGUCUUUAUUCGGAAAUUUAACGCGUUUGGAAUUGUCUCUGUGGUCGUUUGACAUAGUUUGCGGAUUUUUCAUCACUGCAGAACAAUGUCGAACCCUGGUGGUGGUAAAAUUCGCUCUAGAAGAUCACAUCCGUCGAAGAAACCAUACGCAAGGGCGCCGAAGCAAUCUAUUUUUGGUAAAGUAAAAGAUACGCUUAGCCAUCUCACUCCAUCAUGGUUGACCAACAUAUGGACACCAUCAUUGCCAGAUGCUAAGCAAGAAGACGACGUAGUAGAACCAGGGCCGCACAAAAUUCACAUCAAAAGACAGGUUUCUUUUGAACGGCUAGCAUCUCCGAUACCACCUGAGUUUGAUGAUAAUGAACAAGAAUAUGGUUCAUCGCGAAACCAAAGACAGAAUGUAGAUUUUAAAUCACCUUUACUAAUUCCUAACAGAAGGUAUGAACCGAGGACAAGCUCUCCCCAUGAUGUUGAGCAGGAGCAAUUGACAACAGAAGACCAGGAAGAGACUGAGAAAGAGGAAGACUCUGCCUCAGAAACCUCGGUGUCUACCAGUGGGUGUUCAUCAUUGGUACCACAUGUGGAUAAAGUAGACUACAAAGAAAGAACGGAAAGAGACUACAACGAAAGAACGGAAAGAAGACUACUCACAGAAGCUAGCAGUGUACAGAAAGAGAAGACCCGAAAAGAGGAACGUCGUAGUCUAUGGUCAAGAAUUAAUACAAACACUCCCGGUGUCUCCAGACCACAAAGUGCCACUAAAAGUGCAACUAAACCAUCUUUCAAUGUGUCCUACUUUGGGUCACCAUUAUAUGGGUCAUCUAAUGCCAGCAUGUCAUCUGCUACUCCUGGUACAUCAUCAUUCUAUCCGGGGAAGACUACAUUUGGUGGGUCUUCAACUCAAAGGGCAUCAGCCAAGAGAAGACGCACAUCCCCGUACGAGGUGUAUCAACCUGUAAAGAGACAAAUGAGACCCAAACCUGUAAACAGUACAUCAGAGGAUUACGGAGUGACCAGUAUGACUGCCAAGAGAAUAUUGGAAACGUUAGAAAAGAUGUCCACGCCAUUGUCAGAUGCCAGACGUAUACCAAUUACACCAUCAUCAUUAUCAUUUACACCUUCUGGAAGAAAUGCCAGCAGAACCCCAGGCAGUAGUUUUUCAACGCGACCUGACCUCAGAGGACGAGCUCCACCUGUAUAUGGCCUUCGUGUACCGUUACAAGCCAGCAUCGCCAAAAAUAGACAACCUCCCCCUACAAGUAAACCACCUGAACCUGAAUCAACUAAAACGAUAUCAUUUUCUAUGAAAGAGGGAACCAAGAACACUACUAGUUUUUCCCCUCCAAGCUCUGUUGUGACAACUAAAAAACCAACCAGUCCAAAAUUUGAUUCCCCUAAAAGUGGUGGAAAGAUGAGAAGUCGAAGUACUCUGCACUACUCUGCUGGUAAAGAGGAGGAAGUACAAGAGAUUGAACAACCUGACCUUCCCACUAAUGUGCCGCUACCAUUAUCUAAAGACAAAUCACUUCCGAAGUUCAGCUUUGGCUUGUCAGCUCCAACUCCUUCAACCGCAACAUCUUCUCGUACAUCUGGAUUGAUCACGUCAACUCCAGCAGUAGGUUCAACUAAAUCAGAUUUAGCAUUCAAGUUUGCAUCUCCUAUUGCUAAGGAACAGGCAGAGGAUGACGAAAUCACUGCAAAAGAUAACCAACAGCCCAUGUUUCAGUUCAGUGCUCCUAACCCUGCUCCUUUUGGAGAUGACGUAAAAUCCGGUAACAUCUUCCAGUCUGCAUCCCCAGUUAGCCGUAAACAGCAGGAUGAGGACAAAGAGGAGGAGGAGGAGGAGGAGGAAGAAGAUGAAGAUGGUGAUACAGGAGGUGGUUUAUUCCAGCCAGCAAAACAAUUGAAAACUGGUAGUUGUUUAGAAGUGCUGGGAAUUGGUAAGUUGAUCUGA